UAAUGUUUGUAGUAACGCGGCAGUGGUUCAGUGCAGUUGUGCUAUCUGUGUAUCCUUAAUAUAAAUUGUGCUGCAGUGGAAGUCGUUUACUUAACGGAUAAGAAUAUAAUGCCGUGAAGAAACAAAGUGAAAUAAUAACACCAUAUAAAUGCCUUCUAUUUUGAUAAUUCAAUUUCUUCAUUUUCAACUUUGUGUCUCUUAUUGAUAUAAGAAACUAGCAGUGAAAGUGGGCUACAGCAAAAAGAUCAAUUGAAAUCAAUUCGAUUCAAUUUGCACAUAUAAACCUUAAUGCGCACAGUUCUCACAACGCAUAUGAACAUACAUACUAACAAAUGAGUGCAUUUAUGUACAAAAUUAAACUAUAAUAUUGUGCACGAGCAACUUUUUUACUGUUGGCAGAAUAUUCGAAAUAAAUGAAUAGUACAUAUUGUUUGUUUCAAAAUUUAUAUAAAACAGUUUUUUUCAAAUAAGCUUUCACAAUGACUGAUGAAAGUUUACACACAAUACCGCUUGAGCACAACAUUGACUAUCACAUUAUGUCACUUUUCGAACGAUUGGAAGCGAUGCGAAAAGACACGCAUGGUAAUGCGAUCAACAACCGGCUCUCAAGCACCCUGCAACCGAAACGCAAUAUGCAGAGAGAAAUACGGACUUUGGAAUUCUGGAGAUCGAUCAUCAGUGAAUGUCUGGCAUCAUUUUUCUACGUUUUUAUCGUUUGUGGGGCGGCAGCCGGUGCGGGGGUAGGUGCCAGCGUUUCAUCGGUGCUGCUGGCAACCGCUUUGGCUUCUGGAUUGGCAAUGGCAGCAUUAACUCAGUGCUUUAUUCACAUAUCAGGUGCCCAUAUAAAUCCUGCCGUUACGUUGGCAGCAUGCAUCAUACGCGCCAUAUCACCAAUUCGUGCUGCCAUGUAUAUAACGGCACAAUGUGGUGGCGGCAUUGCAGGAGCAGCAUUGCUUUAUGGUGUUACCGUGCCUGGUUAUCAGGGAAAUCUACAAGCAGCAAUAUCUCACAGCGCGUCAUUGGCCGCCUGGGAACGAUUUGGAGUGGAAUUUAGUCUGACUUUUGUCGUUGUACUCACAUAUUUCGUUUCAACCGACUCCAUGAAGCGUUUUAUGGGCAACUCGGCCAUUACAGUGGGGUCUGCGUAUAGUGCGUGUAGUUUUGUUUCUAUGCCUUAUUUGAAUCCAGCUCGUUCGCUAGGCCCGUCUUUUGUACUUAAUAAAUGGGAUAAUCAUUGGGUCUAUUGGUUUGGGCCACUUGUCGGCGGCAUUGCAUCCGGCUUGCUAUUCGAAUAUGUAUUCAGUACACGCCGAAACUCACGUACACACAAACCAAAUGCUGAUAACGAGUCUUCCUCUAUACAUUCCGAAGAUGAACUCAACUACGAUUUAGACGUUGAAAAACCACAUAUGCCUGCUAAAUACCCUCAGAGUACAUAUCCACGUGGACAAGCAAGCACAAAAACGGCGGUCGCAAGUAAUACUGGCACUAUUCCAGGUGGAGUUAACUAUUGUCAGAAUUUGUACACGGCACCUCCCCUUAAUAAAUUUGAUCAGCCAGAACCACUAUAUGGUGGCACACGUUCCCUAUAUUGCCGCUCUCCCACACUCACACGUACAAAUCUGAACCGUUCACAGUCUGUAUACACCAAGAGUAACACAGCUAUUAAUCGGGAGAUUGUACCUCGUCCGGGCCCGUUAGUACCAGCACAAAGCUUGUACGGUAUGCGUAUGACACAGCCACAAACCCAGGCUCAGUCAUCACAUUUACAAAAUCAGAAUGUACAAAAUCAAUUGCAGCAACGUUCAGAGAGCAUAUACGGUAUAAGGGGAUCAACAAGGCAAUCCCAACAGCAGCAGCAGCAACAGCAACAGCAUCAACAACAGCAACAUCAACAAUCUCAUCAGCAACAGUCACAACAACAGCACCAACAUCAUCAGCAACAACAACAACAUCAUCAACAACAACAACAGCAACAUCAACAGCAACACCAACAGCACCAUCAACCAGCACAACAAUCACAACUUCACCAACCCCAACCCACAAAUCAAGAUGGUCAACAGGGCUUUCAGCCUGUAUAUGGUACACGUCAUAACCCCAAUCCACUCGAUGGUAAUCUUAAAUACGAUCGUCGGCCUGAGUCGGCGUACGGCAUGGCCCUACAUCGGAACCGUGGCCAAUCGGCACAAUCGGAUGACAGUUCCUAUGGAUCAUAUCAUGGCUCAGCAGUAACCCCACCAGCACGUAAUCCGAAUUCUGGCGAAGCGAUUCUCAUGUAUGCUCCACCGCCACCGAUGCCAUCGAGUCAUUCCCAAGUCGUUGCGCCACCACCCAUUCGUACGCAAUCGGAGCGCAAAGUAACAGCACCAAUUGUCGUGUCUCAGCCACCGCAAAUAACAACUGGUGUAGUUACAUAUACUGCGAGUUCCGGUCAAGGUAUGCCACCACCUCAACAGACAUCGCAACAACAACCUCAGCAGCAACCACCACCCCAGCAACAGCAACAAUCGCAACAACAACAAAUCCUCAUUCAGCAACACCAAUCUUCCCAACAACAACAUUAUGGAGUAUUACCAAUGCGGACCAAUUGAAAUAGGCGCUUGAGCGUUGGCAACGCCAAGAGUUAUCAAAUUGGAAGUGUAUAGGGUAAAUGCUCGAGACUUAUACAUAUGUAAAUAAUGAUUACGACAAGAAUUUAACGUUAAUUUUUUCGGUUUAGGCUGUGACAAUUGUUACAAAAACAAAUUGGACUAUGCCGUCAUAUUGUGACGAAUUUCUUUUGAGUUGAGAAGAGAACAGAACAGCAUGUAAAUUGUAAGCAAAAACGUAAGCACUUUGAUUAAUUCGUGAAAUAUGCUUAAUUUAUCAGUUUAUCGUGAAAAAGUUUAAGGUAAAAAAGAAUUUGCGAUUUUAUUUUUUAUAUACAUAUGUAUGUACAUACAUAUGUAUGCAUUGAAUAAUUUUAUUCGGACCUUUUGUACAUUAUUGAGCACACUUUUGACAAUAUAUGUAGAUAAAAAAAAGAUCACAUUAUUUUUCCGUAACGUUAUUCUAUUCAUUACAGUAAAUUUUGUUUAACUAUAACCUAAUAAAUUAAGUAUAUUUCUCGAAUUAACAAAAGCGUUUUCAUUUUUGUUUACAAUUUAUAUUCUGUUGCAUCUUCUUCUCGACUUAAAGGAUUACAUACAUACAUACAUACAUAAGUACGUCACAAGAUGGCGGUUGACAUAAUCUUGUAUUCUUGUAUGUAUAAAAAUUCGCAAUACUUGUAUAUGUGUGUAUGUAUCAGAGA